UCCGUGUCCCCAUGUCUCUGAACGCGUUCCGACGAGGAGUGGGGCUAGCUGUCGCGGAGACAGGCGGAGACACGGGGAGACACGGAGACACGGGGAGACACGGAGACACGGAGAGACACGGAGACACGGGGAGACACGGAGACACGGGGACACCCGUUCGCGUGGUGGCGCUUGGUCGAGCGUGCGUUGGAAAGACAGCGAUGAUCGUCCGCUUCAUCACCGGCCGCUUCAUCGGAGACUACGACCCGACACUCGAGACGGUCUAUCGGCACACGACACUCGUGAACGGCGAACAAACUCAGUUCGAGAUCCUCGACACGGCCAGAGAGGGCGAUGACGAGUCCCUGGUGCGUGAGCACGUGGGCUGUGACACGUGGCCCUGCCCCCCCGUGACGUCACAGGGCGGUGACCAGUCCCUGGUGCUUGGUGAGCACGGCGAUGACGAGGCCCUGGUGCGUGAGCACGUGGCGUGGGGCCACGCCUUCCUCAUCGCCUACUCGGUGACCGACCGCCAGAGCUUCCUGGCCGUGCCGCGCCUCCACCAGCUGGUGGUGCAGCAGAGGCGUGGCGGCGACGUUGGCGGCCCGCCGGUGGACGAGGCGGUGAUGGUGGUGGCCACCAAGAAGGAGGCCCCGGGGGUCGGGGGCCUCCGCGAGGUGUCGGCCGAGGAGGGCCGGGCGCUGGCCGCGUCUCUGGGCUGCGGCUUCCGCGAGAUCUCGGCGCAGGACAGCCGCGCCGAGGCGUGCGAGGUCUUCCAGCACCUCGCCGCCUCCCCAAUCAGCUGCCAGGAUUACACAAACCCCCAGGACGCAACAUGGUAA